CGGGGACAGAGAGAAGACAGAGGCUGUCUGAAGGGGCAGUGAGAAAAACUGGCCAAGUCAAGAAUUCCCCCCACACUGAGAAAAGAAGGUUGGACUUAGCAGAUUUAAACUAUGGCCAAGGCAGAUGAUAUAAUUGAGAUGCCAGCUCUGGGCCGCCCAUUCCAGUUGGGGAUGCUGUAUGACUGCCGCAGCGAUAGACUGAUCCCAGCUAUCACUUUAUGGGAUCCGGAUAUUCUGAGGAACAACAUAGAUAUAAAUCCACAACGAAAAACUGAAUUUCAUAUCAUUGCAUCGGACUCUGUUGACGACAAGACUUCUGCCCUCAAUGUGUCUGCUUCACUCAAGGCCAGUUUCCUAGGAGGACUCGUUGAAGUAGCUGGCUCUGCGGCCUACUUAAAUGACACCAAGAAGUCAAUGCAGCACGAAAGGAUAACCCUUCACUACUCAACUACUACUGAAUUUAAACAGCUAACAAUGAACCAUUUGGGGAGUCAGAAAAUAGAGCAUUCCAGUGUUUUUGACCAGGGUACAGCCACUCAUGUGGUCACAGCUGUGUUAUAUGGGGCCCAGGCAUUCUUUGUAUUUGAUCAUGAGGCCUGCAGAUCUGAGACUAAACAAGAAGUAAAAGGACAGCUCCAGGUUAUGAUUAAGAAAAUUCCAAAGGUUUCGGUAGAAGGUGAAGGAGCUCUUAAAUUGGAUACGGUGGAGAAAGAAAUCAGUGACAAGCUUUCCUUCAAGUUCCAUGGAGAUUUCUCUCUUGAGAACAAUCCAGCUAAUUUUCAAGAUGCCAUGAAAAUGUAUGCCAGUCUGCCAAAGAUGCUGGGGAAGAAUGGGGAGAACGCCGUGGCCGUAAGAGUCUGGUUGUACCCACUAAUCAAGCUGAAUUCCAAAGCAGCACAGAUAAUGCAUGAGAUCAGAUAUGACAUAAUCUGUGAUGUUCAAAAUGCUUUGGAGUAUUUCACUGAAACAGACAUACGAUGUAAUGAUCUGGUAGAGGAUACCACUGCUAACCUUUUCCCAGAGAUUAAAGAAAAAUUCCUGCGGCUCCAGAAUCUAAGCAAGCAAUAUAAACAGACUUUCCAGAAACAGCUAAUACACAUUUUGCCUGCUAUCCGUGGAGGGGAUCAAAAAGAAGAGGUGCUGAUAGACAUCUUAAUGCGCAAAAACCAAUCAUCUUUCAACAAACAGACCAUCAAUCAGUUUCUGAAACAAAAGGAACGCGAGAUAAAUUUUCUGAAGUCUUGUCUUGCUAUCCUAAAAGAGCUGGAAAUAGCCUCCUCUGAGAAUAAAUUAGACGAGAUACGGCUCAACACCGCAAAUGACUUUGUUGUCGCAUUUGUGUUCACCUCACUGCAUGACAAAGAGGUGUAUUUGUCCGAUUUAGAACACUGCCUUCAGAAAGCAGGCGACACUCUAGAGUCUACGUCUGUCCCUUCCUCUCCAGGGAAGCAAAACUCCAAGCUGUGGUUUGAGGAUAUGGAGAGAAUCCAAAAGAUACGUCAAGCUGCCAAGUCCAUUUCAGAUUUUGCCCAUGUCAAUAAAGAAAAUGGCAAAAUCAAGUUCAUUGUGUCUUCAGUCCAUGACAGGGACAAUCCAGGAGCUUCCAUUUAUCUCUAUGAUGAUGGUCUCUUGGUCAAUACCAGCUUGGAGUUGCCGGCCAAACCUCUCUCUCCUCUCCUUGGUGAUGUUGGACAGACUAGUGUGCAGCUGACAUUUAAACCAGAAGCCUAUGGGAGAGCUGCAAUAUCUGGGUAUCAAGUGGAGUACAGGAUUGUGGGAGAGGACAACUGGAUUAAGAAGAAUACAGAGGAAAGCGUGGAGACAUGUGUAGUGCAAGAACUGCGACCCAACACCAAGUACCAUUUCCGAUAUGCUGCUGUGACUAAGUUUGGGUUCAGUAAGAGCAGCGAUGAGAUCACUGUAGAGACACUUUCCACCAACAACCCCCCUGAGACCCCAAAAGAACGUGAAUUGAGGAUUCUCCUCGUUGGCAAAACAGGAGCUGGGAAGAGCGCAACAGGAAACAGCAUCCUGGGAAAAGAUGUAUUCCAAUCAUUCACCUCACCUGCCUCAAUAACAAAAGAGUGUCAAAAAUAUGAAGCCACUGUAGAUGGGAGGGGAAUCUCAGUAGUCGAUACGCCUGGCUUCUUUGAUACAAGCAACACCGAAGUUUUCACAAGGAAAGAUGUUGAAAAAAGUGUCCAGCUACUGUCACCAGGACCCCAUGCUAUCCUUUUCGUUAUUAAGAUAGGCAAGUUCACAAAGGAAGAGAAAGAUACCAUUAAGUUAGUAAGAAAGCUCUUCAGGAAUGAAGGGAAAUAUUUCCUGAUUCUUUUAUUCACUUGGAGAGAUGAAUUAGAUGCUUCUGGCCAAACUCUAAAAGUUUUCAUAGAAAAUGCAGAUAGAGACAUUAGAGAUCUGGUCGAUAUGUGCGGAAGCCGGUAUGUGGCUUUCAACAACAAAGCCAAAGGAAAAGAAAAGGCUGAUCAGAUUGCAGAACUGCUAGAAAUGAUUGAUUCCUUGGUGACACUGAACAAAACAAAACCAUGUUAUACUCAAGAACUGUUCGACAGAGACGCUCCACCAUAUUGUUCUAUAUUGUAGGAUAAGGGGCAAAUGUUUUGGAACUGAGGGAGGAAAUUUUCCAAUGUGAAGGACCUGGAUACAGUAGUUGAUUGAGCUAUAGAAAUAUGUUUAUAUUUCAAUGACCUCCUAUUUGCAAGUGGUAAGCAAGAUUAAUGGAAUCAAGCCCCACCAGUUUGCAAGACAAAGGCACCUCCUUGCCUGGCACAUGAUAUGCAAUCACUGACCAUUAAUACAAUCUUGAUGUUGUGCUCUGUGACAACUUAGGAUCCCCGAUUCAAACCUUCCCAUUGUUCCCAAAAUUACUGCCAAGGGAAUGGCUCAGAGUCAUACCUUCAGUUUACCCCUGGCAUUCUGAAAGGACUUUCUAUUCUGAACUCUGGCUAGUUUGACUUGUUUCCUCAACCGGACAUUUUGCUAAAAGAUUUUCUGUGUGGUUUUCUAGUGUGUUUUUUAAAAAAAAUCAGAAUUACUUAUGAUUGGUCUUGCAGGUUCACCUGAUGAUUCUUUGAUAAGUUUAAUAAGAGUUUAACAGUAAAUUGGAUCGUUUUAGGUGUACAAAUGGUUUUAGAAUGGUUUCUGUGAAGGCCUAACCAGGGCCGUUUCCAGACGGCUCUCUGCUGCUCGUAACAAGCUGGAAGAUGGCGAAAAAAACACGGAAGAUUGCGUUUUCUCGUGCGAGAUUUGCGCAACGUCACAUGAUGGCUUGUUACAAGCAGCGGGGAGCCGUCUGGAAAUGGCCCAGCUUUGGGGAGGAACCCGCUGCCUUUACUCCUCUCACAGAAUCACAGAGUUCUAUUAACCUGGUUCAAGUACAAGAAAUUUAUAGAAGAAAAGAAACCACCUUGGAUUAUACCAGCUGAAGUAGUCAACCCAAAUUUGGAGUAUCAGGGAAAAGAAUGGCUUACCCUCAAAGAAUUAACAAUAUUAGAAAAUGAUGAGUUGAAACUUAUGCAAAAUGAGGAUUUGCCAUUCAAAUACGGUUGGUUACAAUACAGGCAAAUAAAGGACUUAUUUGACUCAGAGCAAAGGAAGGUAGGUUUUAGAACCAAAAACUCAGAAUUGGAAGAGAUAUUACUGGGAGAGAACACUAAGGUAAUAUCCAAAAUGUAUAAAUUGUUAUUGAAGUGGUAUACAGAAGAUGAAACCGUUAAGGUUCAAAUGGUAAAGUGGGCUAUAAAUUGUAACAAGGAAAUAGCCAUGGAAGCAUGGGAACAAUUAUGGAAAAAUACCUUAAAAAUAUCAUCUUGUACCAGUAUUAAAGAGAAUGGAUAUAAAAUGAUGGUACUUAACACCAAAAAAAUUAGCCAUAGCUAACAAACAGUUGUCAAACAAAUGUUGGAAAUGUAAGGAGCAUGAAGGUUCUCUAUUUCAUAUGUGGUGGACUUGCCAAAAGGCUAGAGACUUCUGGUCUAAAAUAUGUGCUGAAAUGUCUUUGAUAUUACAAUACAAUGUUGCUAAAAAUCCUGAAAUAUGAUUAUCUUUACAUUUAGAAGAGGUUAAUAGAAAUGACAAGACAUUGUUAUAUUAUAUGUUAGUAGCAGCAAGAAUUUUAUAUGCUCAAUAUUGGAAAAAAGAAGAAAUACCGAAUGUUGAAGAAUGGACAAGAAAACUGUUGUACAUGGCCGAAAUGGACAAAAUAACAAGAAAUUUGAAUGAGCAAGAUCCAGAUACUUUUUUGGAAGAUUGGAAGAAACUUAAGAAAUACUUAGAAAAGAAAUGCGAUGUUAAAGGACAAUUGUGGUCUUUGGAGGGAUUUUAAAUUUUAUUUAAAAGGACUUUAACGAAAGAAAAAUAUAUCAAGAUCUUUACCAGAGUAAGAGUAAUAGCGAUACAGUGUAAUAAUAAUAUCUAUGAAUAAACGGGGGUUUCGAGUGUUGU